AUGUCGGUGAAACACGCCAUCGGCCGCGGCCUGGAGCUGGGCAGGUCGUUGAUCCAGCUCGGGCUCGGGCUGCUUAAACCCGGUGGGAGAGCGGCAGUGAAGCUCCGGGCCGAGCGUCUCCGUGGAGCGGCUGCCCCGCGGUCUGUGCCAUGUUCUGGGGCACACCGCUACCGCUAUUACCGCUGCUCCGUGCGAGGCCUGGCUGCUCAGCUCCAGGCUGCAGGCUUCAGGAGGCUCGGCGGGGGGUCUGUGAGGAACAGAGCCGUGUUUCUGGCGUUUGGACUCGGGCUGGGCCUGAUCGAGCAGCAGGAGGAAGACCGCAAGAGUAACGCCACCUGCCAGGAGAUACAAGCUGUAUUCAGAAAAAAACGAUUCCAGGCUCCAAUUCAACCUCUAAAUGUCUCUGGGUACAAACUGGAUGAUUACCUCUUUGGAAAUCAGAUUGGAAAAGGCUCAAAUGCAGCAGUAUAUGAGGCGGCUGCACGCUUUGCCCCUCUCCAUCCAUUGGACCACAAAAAGACUCCUCCGGAAGUCCUUAAAGACGAUGAAGAAAAACAUGUCAACUUCAUAUCCUGCUGUUCUCUCAGAAACUUCCCCUUGGCUAUUAAGAUGUUGUGGAACUUUGGGGCUGGGUCGUCCAGUGAAGCCAUUUUGAAGUCCAUGUCUCAGGAGUUGGUGCCUGCAGCUCCAUUGGCCGUGAAGCAGGAGAUUGAGCAGAUCAGUCUGGAUGGACAAUUUGGACUAGUGCCCAGAAGAGUCACAGCACAUCCUAACGUGAUCCGAGUGCACCGCGCCUUCACUGCUGACGUGCCACUGCUGCCUGGAGCUCAGGAGGAGUACCCGGCUGUUCUGCCUGCCCGACUCCAUCCACAUGGCCUCGGCAACAACCGCACACUGUUUCUGGUCAUGAAGAAUUACGGGCUUACUUUGAGGCAGUACUUGGAGCGGUGCACUCCCAGCCACAGACACGGAUCUCUGAUGAUUCUGCAGCUUCUCGAGGGCGUGGACCAUCUCUGCAGGCAAGGAGUGGCACAUCGGGAUCUCAAGUCUGACAACAUCCUGCUGGAGUUUGACGCAGAUGGUUGUCAAAGAUUAGUAAUCACUGACUUUGGCUGCUGCCUGACCCAGAGGGACUCCAGUUUGCAGCUACCAUUCAACAGUUUUUGGGUGAACAGAGGAGGGAAUGCUUCACUAAUGGCACCCGAGGUGGCCAGCGCGGUCCCCGGGCCUGGAGUGGUGAUCGACUACAGCAAGGCGGACGCUUGGGCUGUGGGGGCGAUGGCCUAUGAGAUCUGUGGUCAGCCCAACCCCUUCUACAGAGAAGUGGGCCUUGAGAGCCGGAAAUAUCACGAGUCCGAUCUGCCAGCUCUGCCCUCCACUGCCCCGGCCGAGAUACAACUAGUGACCCGACUGCUGCUGAGAAGGAACCCACAGAAGGUGACCAGGCUUCACCAUAUUUGUGGGGUUAGGGCGAUGACCUUGGUAGUUAUGGCACCUACAAGCAGGUGA